GGCCGGCAGGUCUCUGGGUGUGGGUCGGAGCGGUGAGGCGACGAAAGCGACACCCAGAGCCCGAGAGAGGGGCGUAGGGAUGCCAAAGCUCCUAUGGAAGCCAGGGGAGUAGGAAGGCCGUAGGGGAUAUAACGGGACAGGGUGGUUUAGAGGACCAGGGCUGCUAGAGGUCCCCAGACGAGGGGCCAUGCAUCCUAUAACCCGGGAGGUGAAGAGGGACCAGAGAUGCCAGCUGUAUCUAGAGAGGAGGGGCCGAGGUUAGGGGUACCUGUGCGGGAACAAGAAACCAGAAGGUCUAUGACUGCGAGUUGGAAGAUGCUCCAAGGUGGUGGCGGCGAUGGAGAGAGAAGCCGAAGAUGUCAGGAUACUUUCUGUCGCUCCAGAUGCUGCUGCUGCCGCCGCGGCCACCCCACCCUCGGUCCUCCUCUCCGGAGGUCAUGGACCCACCGCCCCCCAAGACUCCCCCUUUUCCCAAGGCGGAAGGCCCCUCCUCCACUUCUUCCUCGGUGGCGGGGCCGCGGCCACCGCGGCUGGGCCGCCAUCUGCUCAUCGACGCCAACGGGGUCCCCUACACGUACACGGUGCAGCUGGAGGAGGAACCUCGGGGACCGCCGCAGCGCGAGGCGACCCCGGGAGAGCCAGGUCCUCGCAAGGGCUAUAGCUGUCCAGAGUGCGCGCGUGUCUUUGCGAGCCCUCUGCGGCUGCAGAGCCACCGUGUGUCGCACUCGGACCUCAAGCCCUUUACUUGCGGUGCUUGUGGCAAAGCUUUCAAGCGAUCCAGCCACCUGUCGCGGCACCGCGCCACCCACCGUGCGCGCGCUGGUCCACCUCACACCUGCCCGCUCUGUCCACGCCGCUUCCAGGACGCCGCGGAGCUGGCGCAGCACGUGCGCCUGCACUGAGCUCGGCCCUGCCCUCUCCGGAUCACCACACAGCGUCACUCCCACACAUACCCCAGUUCUCCUGAGGUUACUGCCUUACCCUAGGCCUCAGUUUCCCCACCCACCCCAAAGAGAAACAUCAUUUUGUCUUUUCUCCCGUCUAGCUGUGUGAUGUAGACCAAAGUUGUUGCCCCUCUGGGCCUGGGUGUCAGUUGGAACUGGGUUUCAGUCCGGCUGUGCUGUGUAAGCCUAUCAAACGCUACGACCUCUCCUGAGUCUUGGUCUUCUACUCUUCCCAAGUAUAAGGUCAUCGUGGAAGACAAAAGCACCGGCAAGGUCUGGAUCGCCUCUGUACUUCUGAUGCCCACGAUCCCUCAUUCUUUGCCCAAUAAACAUUCCGCACUUCA